AUGAAGAAAGUGGAAUUAUUGUUCAUCCCAGUACCAGGUUCUGGCCAUCUUGUAUCAACCUUGCAGUUCGCAAAGAAUCUGAUCCGUCGAAAUGAUACGAUUUCGAUCACCAUUCUUUCUAUCCCAUCACCCCUCCCUUCCUCUUUAAGUUCAUACACAAAUUCCCUUGUAGCCUCAGAACCCAGAAUCCAACUAAUUGAUGUCCCUCAACCUCCAGCAAAACCACCUUCAACCGAGUCAUUCAAAUCACCAGCAAAAAUUUUCUCUCUUUACAUUGAAACCCACCUGCCCAAUAUCAGAAACAUCAUCACAGAAAUUGUCUCAUCGCACGCCAAAUCAGACUCUGUUCGUGUUGCUGGGAUAGUGGUUGAUUUCUUCUGUGCAUCCAUGAUUGAUGUGGCCAAGGAACUCCAUCUUCCUUCUUACCUUUUCAUGACAAGCAAUACAGGAUAUCUUUCUUUCAUGCUCCAUCUUCCAGCCUAUCAUGAGCAAAAUGGUGAAGUGCCUAAAGACUCAGAUCCUGAAUGGUUAAUCAAAGGUAUUGAAAUUCCUGUUCCUCCUAGAGUUCUUCCUGUGGCUUUGACAGACGGUAGCUACUCUGCUUAUGUUAAGCUUGCUUCAAGGUUUAGAGAGACCAAAGGCAUUAUAGUAAACACAUUUCUUGAGUUAGAGACGCAUGCUAUCAACUCAUUUUCCGAUGAUGAUCAAACCCCUCCGCUGUACCCAGUUGGCCCGGUGAUCGAUCUAGACGACGGUCUGGCUCAUUCCAACCUAGAGCAGGCACAACGUGACAGGAUCAUCAAAUGGCUUGAUGACCAGCCUCAGUCCUCUGUUGUGUUUCUGUGUUUUGGAAGCAUGGGGAGCUUUGAGGCAGAGCAAGUGAAAGAGAUAGCUGCUGGGCUUGAACAUAGUGGGCAGAGGUUCUUGUGGGCUCUGCGCAUGCCACCACCCGGAGGCAAAGGCAUGAUGCCAAGUGAUAGCUCAAACCUUGAGGAGGUUUUGCCAGAUGGGUUUUUGGAGAGGACCCAUGGGAAAGGACUUAUCUGCGGGUGGGCCCCGCAGGUGGAAGUCUUAGCCCACAAGACAAUCGGUGGGUUUGUUUCUCAUUGUGGGUGGAAUUCAAUCUUGGAGAGCUUGUGGCAUGGGGUGCCUAUUGUGACAUGGCCCAUGUAUGCAGAGCAACAGCUAAAUGCUUUUAGAAUGGUGAAGGAGUUGGGAUUGGCAAUUGAGAUGAGGCUGGACUACAAGAAAGGUAGUGGGGAGGUGGUGGGGGCAGAUGAGAUUGAGAGAGCUGUGGUUGCUGUCAUGGACAUGGAUAGUGAGGUGAGGAAGAAAGUGAAAGAGAUGGGAGAGAUGACCAGAAAAGCUGUAAAGGAUGGUGGAUCUUCUUUUGCUUCUGUGGGAAGAUUUAUUGAGGAUGUGAUUGGGAACAAUUGUGGUUCCAAUUGA